UAUAAAGUCUUCUCCUCCAUCUCUCACCACUUUCAUCUAACCAUCUCCAAACUCUCUUGCCUUCUCCUUGAUCUCAAAAACACCAAAACUUCUUUGUAAAAAAAAGGGGGAAAUGCUAGGGAAAAAGAUGGUUUCUUUCAAGAAACUUGCCAAGAAAGUGAAGGUUAUAGCAAGAGGUGGUUGUGAUGAUGAAUCAUCACAGCAAGAAUGUUUGCUUAGAGAAUUUGCUGAUGGUACCUCAGCUUUAACAAAAACUCCAACUGGGUUUUUUGCUGUAUAUGUAGGAGAUGAAAUGGAAAGGUUUGUGGUUCCAACUAGCUUCCUCAAUCAUCCACUCUUCAAGAUGCUGCUGGAGAAGUCUUACAAUGAGUUUGGCUUUCAACAAAGGAAUAAGCUUUUGGUUCCAUGCAGUGUCUCAACUUUUCAAGAAGUUGUAAAUGCUGUUCAAUGCUGCAAUGGGAGGUUUGAUUUUGGAAACUUGGUUGAGGAGUUCAUAUAGAAAAUAAAAGCAGAUUACAAAACUUGGGUAUGUAAACUAGAUAUACACUUUGCUCUAAUCUGCAUGGUUGGGCUAAUUUUUGUCAUAUAAAUUUGUGUCAUAGCUAGAGUGGAAGAGAGGUUUCUUUUUUUUUUCUGGGUAUAGUGUGUUUCCUGGAGAAUGACUGAAACUGUAGCAGUAGCAUAAGAAGAAGAAAGCUUGAUUUUGACAAACUUGUAACCAUAUGGUGUUAUAAAGAUCGAUUUUCUUCAUCCUGCCUUUUACUUAAUGUCUCUCUCUCAUUCUCUUCUUUAGUUAUAACUUCUCUUUGGAAUA